AUGGGUAGUUUAGGAGCUUCAAAUGGUGCCAACGGCGUGUCUGAAGAGCCAUUCCUUUGGGACAGAUCGAACCUCCCUAAGCAGCUAUUCAUCAACAAUGAACAUGUAGACUCGAAGAACACGAAGAAGCUCAAAGUUCACAACCCCAAGGACGGCUCUCUCGUAGCUGACGACAUUGCUGUGGCCGGCGAGGAUGACGUCGACGCUGCUGUUGACGCGGCCGAAGCAGCUUUUCCAGCCUGGAGAAAAACAUCAGCAAGCCAGCGCCGGCGACUCAUGUUGAAGCUAGCCGAUCUCCUCGAGGAACAUGGUGACGCUCUAGCCGAGCUCACUCGUAUCACUCUAGGUAACCCCGCAGCAUCCAUGAGCAUCUUUGAGAUAAAAUACACAGCCGAGGCCUUCAGAUACUUCGCCGGGUGGACAGACAAGUUCCCUGGCGAGACUUAUCCGCAAGACGACGGAUUCUUGAAGAUUGUUCGCAACGAGCCGCUCGGAGUCACAGCCGGCAUCACCCCCUGGAACUGUCCACUGAUCUUCAUGGGUCUGAAGGCUGGCCCAGCCCUUGCUACCGCCAACUGCUUCAUCCUGAAACCCACGGAGAAGACGCCGUUUGCCUCAAUAGCAAUUGGUACACUGGUCAGGAUGGCUGGGUUCCCCCCCGGCGUCUUUCAGGUGCUCCCUGGCGAUGGCUCGACCGGAGCUUUAUUGGCCAGCCACAUGAGGAUACGAAAGGUCAGCUUGACGGGUAGCCUGACGACCGGUCGUAAAAUCCAGGAGUUGGCCGCCAGAAGCAACCUGAAGCGAGUUACCCUCGAGCUCGGCGGGAAGAGUCCUGCCGUCAUCUUCGACGACUGCAACCUCGAAAAUGCAAUCACGUGGUGUGUAAACGGUAUCUGCGGCAUGACCGGCCAGAUGUGCUACGCCGCUUCGAGGGUUUACGUCCAAGAAGGUAUAUACGACAAGUUCGUGGAGGGGUACAAGAAGGCUAUUGAGGAACGGUCCAAGAGCAUUGGUGAUCCGGAAGAGAAGGGGACUAUGAUGGGUCCUCUGGUCGACAAGAUACAGCACGAGAGGGUGAUGGGGUUCAUGGAUAGGGGCCUCAGUCAGGGGACGUUGCUAACCGGCGGCUCAAGAGUCGGUGACAAGGGCUUCUUUGUCCAACCGACAAUAUUCACCAACGUCGCCGAAGAUGCAGAAAUAUGCAAGGAGGAGAUAUUCGGCCCUGUCGCGGUAUUGAACAGCUUCAAGACCGAGGAAGAGAUCAUCGCGAAGGCGAACGACUCCAACUUCGGCCUCAUGGUUGGCGUAUUCACGCAGGACAUCACCAGGGCGAUCCGUGUUUCGACGGAAAUCGACAGCGGUAUGGUGGGCAUCAACUGCGUCAGCAUCACGUUUUUAGUGGCCCCGUUUGGGGGAAGCAAGGAGAGCGGCAUGGGUCGCGAGAACGCGAUCAAUGCUCUGCGGAUGUAUACGGAGCCCAAGACGGUGAUGGUUAAUUUGACAUACUAG